GCCACAUCCCGGAACUGAAAGCUUGUUCAGCAGUUGACAAGGGAAGCUUUAUUUGUGUUUGGCCGGUGGAGAGUCUGUACGUCUGCGGGGCAGUUAACACAUUUAGUCCGUCUAAUAUGGAGGACCUGGAAGAAGAGAAUUUUACCCUGUCAAUAUCAUCCCCCAAGGAUGCAGAAUUUGACUGUGUGGUCGGGCACCUGGAGGAUAUCAUAAUGGAUGACGAGUUCCAGGUUCUACAGAGAAAUUUUAUGGAAAAGUAUUACCAAGAAUUUGAAGACACUGAAGAGAAUAAGCUUACAUACACACCCAUAUUUAAUGAAUAUAUCAGUUUAGUGGAGAAAUUUAUUGAAGAGCAGUUGAUGGAGCGGAUUCCAACAUUUAACAUGAACGCCUUUAUCUCCUCGCUGCAAUCCCAUCGUCAGGAAAUGGCAGGGGACAUAUUUGACAUACUGCUGACUUUCACAGAUUUCCUGGCUUUCAAGGAAAUGUUCCUCGACUACAAAGCUGAAAAAGAAGGAAGAGGACUCGAUCUGAGCGGUGGCUUAGUGGUGACGCCACUAUUCAACUCUUCAGUAUCUUCAUCGUAGAGACACUAUGUGGUCUCGUAUAUUUAUCUACCUUUUACACCAGGCACCAUUUGUUCUUUUGUCCAUCUUUUAACUGUUUUCCCUCAAAUUUACCAGGAACCAAUUACUGUCAUCGUAUGGAGUAUUAAGAGCAUUACAAUACGCGCCCCCUAAGGGUACCGUGUCUAAACCUUUUCCUUCGAAUGGUACUCUUUCUGGAAAUGUUACACAUAAUGCGUUGCUGUUGUUUGUAUGUUCGUUCAGAUACAGUAUUGAUUUUAUCAUUUGCAUCAAAUGUACAGUAAAAUUCUCCCAGUAUGUAAAUGUUUUUUUCAAGCCGACCAUAGAAGUGAAAUGGGAACUAACCAUUAAUAACAGUUAAAUAGAAAAUGCGCAACAAAAAACACAUAAAAAUGCAGAUUUUCUGCAUACAACUAUGCAGCGUGUGUAGGUAGUCUAAGAAAGAAUUUGGGUGUCCUAUCUCCUUGACCCCCCCCCCUUCCUUCCAGAGCCACAGUCUGCCUAUUAAACUGUACAUCUGGUGUAUCUUGAAUUACGUCCCUUGUGUGUUGUUAUAUUUAAAAUGUUUUUGUUUUCCUUUUUUUAAAUAAAAUAUCAAGUUCAA